AUGAGGGAAUUUUGCACGUGUAAAGAUGACUCAUGGGUAGACUGCGAGCUCUGCGAGCUCAGCCAGGAGAAGAUGGGCUCCGUGUUUGAGGACAGCAACAUGUACAUGCUGCACAUGAUGUACCAGGCCAUGGGUGUCUGCCUGUACAUGCAGGAUUGGGAAGGAGCUCUGCGAUACGGACAGAAAAUCAUUAAGCCCUACAGCAAGCACUACCCUCUGUACUCGCUCAACGUGGCCUCCAUGUGGCUGAAGGUGGGGAGGCUGUACAUGGGCCUGGAAGACAAAGCUGCUGGGGAGAAAGCCCUGAGGAAAGCCAUCGCCAUCAUGGAAGUGGCCCAUGACAAAGAUCAUCCGUACAUUUCCGAGAUCAAACAGGAAAUUGAAAGCCACUGAAAACAUGCCAACUUGGUCAUUUUUAUUUAAAUGCUAAUGCAGAAGCCUUCCAGGAUUUGAAUAUUUCCAGUCCUAUACACAACUCCUGCAUUUCCGUAAAAUCGCUGGAAUGAAAACGCUACUCUCACUUAAGUCUCGCACAUGGCUUACCUGGAAGUUGGUCUUCAUCUUUACUCUUAGUACCAAAAUAAUCUUGGAAUGCUUUCGUUGCCCUAAGAGAUAAUGGCAUGGUUUCGUAUGUUAUCAUAGAUUCUGGACAGAUUGAGUUUAAAAAAAAUACGAUUAUUUUUCCCUUCAUGCCUAUUAUGAUGUUCUGAACACAAUGGAAUGAUGAGUGAUUAAAAAAGGUAAC